UAAAAAUUAUAAAAUAAAUCAAACAUAGGAGGCGCUACGAACGAUUUUAGCAAGAAUUUCAAAUAAGUCAUUGUAGAAGUGCAUUAAAAAGCUGGAAUCACACGAUUUCAUUUAUUUUUUAUUUGUUGAUGGAAAUUUACGAGUUUUAGAAAAUCACCAACAUAUUUACAAAAGUAUUAAUUAUAUUUGUUAUUGGUUGCCGGUGAAUGCUGCCACAGCUAGAAGAAAUUUCUGAAGAACUUUAUUUCUUUUUCAUGAAAUGUCUUCAAUAACUAUUAAUGUUAAACUCGGUACAGACCAUAAACAAAUUACUAUCGCUGAUGAUUUAUUUGUAAAAGAUUUAAGAGAAGUAAUUGCCAAGGAAUUCAAUUAUUUGCCACAUCAAUUGGAAUUGGUUUACGCCGGUAAAAUUCUUAAAGAUUCAGAAAAUAUUAAGGCAGAAAAAAUCGAACAUGGCCGCAAUUUAUACGUUGCAAAAUUUAUGUAAACUAUAUAAAAAAAUGCUGCUUGACUUUUAUUUCAGGAACAAAUUCAAAAUGUUUGUAAAAAUUCAUUCUAUAAAAAUGCCAAAUCUUUCCUUUUGCCAUAAAAUAAUGUUAACGAAUUUUAUUAAAAAAACUUUAAAGUAUAUAUCAGCGAUUGCUAUAGAUUGCCAACGACCACCACAAUUAAUCGAUCCGUCGUUAUGCUGUAAAGAUGGAGGCCGUGAUGAAAUAACAGAAAAUUGUGCUAAACGUAUGGGCAUUACUGGACAACCAUCGGAUCCAGCCCCAACUGUUGAAACAGCUACAUGCUUAGCUGAGUGUAUAAUUACUGAGUCCAAAUAUAUGCAAAAACCGGAGCAAUUGGAAUUUGAUAACAUACGCAAUGAUCUAUAUACAAAAUUUAACAAUGAUACCAUCUAUGCUGAAGCCAUGCUUAAAUCUUUCCAGAGAUGUCAACCAAAUGCUGUGCGCAAAAUGCAAGCUUUCCGACAAAUGCCGCUUGGUAAUGCAGCCGUUCAACGUGGCUGCAGUCCAUAUGCGUCUAUUUUAUUGGGUUGCACAUAUAUGGAAUAUUUUAAAAACUGUCCUGCCCACCGUUGGACCGAGAAUGCAGACUGUGCUUUGGCCAAACAAUUUGUGGUGCAAUGCGCCUUAGGUGCUUAACAAUUGCACCAACGACAAAUCUUUUAAAUUAAGUUAAAAUUUUGUUCAUUAUUGAUCAUUGCAGAUAAGAAAAGACGUGUGUUUGUGUUCAGUAUGUUAGUUUAAGGCAUUAAAAUAUAUUUAAAUAAAUAAGUUUAAAAAUUUAAAAUGAGUUGAGUAGAAAUAUAAAUGAUUUUAAAGAAAUGGACAUCAGUAGAAUGGUAAUGGGAAAUCUU